AUGGGAAGUGUGGGUAUGAAUCCAUUAUUUAGAAGUGAAUCUUUUGGAUACUAUAACUACUUCCCUGACCAGAACUACACCAUGAUGGAGAAGAGACAGUUGUUCCUAAGAAGCUACCAGUUCUGUAGAAAGAAGAGUCUGACAGAGAGAAUCAAAGGGUCUUUAAUCCGUGCUAAGAAAGUUGUUUGGCUAAAGUUAAGGCAUGCUCGUGGAUUAAGAAAGUUGGUGUUUUUUCCCAGGUUUAAGUGCGGUUUCUAUUACCGUAGAAGAAGGUUCUUUUCACAGCUUUUAAACACUAGUAACAGUUAUAGCCACAAGCGCAAAACUGAUUCUUCAACGUGUCUUUGGUAG